CGGACACAUUAAGGGACGGAACGCAAACAGCCACGUAGUAAAAGGCGAAGCUGGUUUGGGCUGUUUUCCGGUUCCUGGAAGCAGUCCACCUGCUGCCAAGUAUGGUGUUCCAAUGAGGAUCCAGCAGUAUUGUUUUAUUUGGUUACAUUACAGCAAUGGAUAUUAAAAAAUAAUCCACUGUUCAAAUGGAGGUGAAUGCUGAGCUAUCCAGAGAGGCUGUAGUCUGCAACCUAGAAAGUGAAAAGCAACAAGAGCUUGACAGUAUUCCACAUGUAAACAAGAGGAUACACAAUGGUCCUGUCAGCUCAGAUGUGACGCCAAAUGGAGAAGAACUGUCAGAGGGCAUUGGUGUUGCUGGGAGCUCCCAUAUCAAUGGGUCCGUGUCUCCGACAGCAUUUUCGCAGAGCACAAGCUCCCUAGUCAACUCCCAAACUCAAGAGGCCACCGCAGGUGUGACUGCUUAUCCACCCAUGAUGCUUGAACCUGAGCAGGCUGCUGCUGAGGUCACAGUUCACAGGGGUGAUGCAUUGCAGUCACUCAGACUCAGUAUCCCUAUGCAGGAGACUGAAUUGUCCAACCAGAAGCCUUCGUUGGAGAUGGAAAAUGAGGAGAAGAUUCGUCUGGAGGCUCGCAGGCGCCUGGAAGAGCAACUUAAACAGUACAGAGUGCAAAGACAUAAGGAGAGGUCUCACCGCAGCACUCCAAAAAGCAGACCAUCCAGUACCCUGGAUCCAGACCUAAUGCUGCAUCCUGAGGCUCUUCCCAGAGCCAGUACAGUUGCUAUGACCAAGGAGUAUUCUUUCCUGAGGACCAGUGUGCCCCGUGGUCCCAAACUGGGGAGCUUAGGAAUUCCUCUCCCCAAGGAGAAGAAAUCCAGAUCCCCCCGCACAAGCAAGAUUCACUCUUUGGCUGACUACAAGUCUGCAGAGAAUUAUGGUGAGGGCGGAGGUGGAGUAAAGACUGCAGACAACACCAUGAGCUCCAUCCAGUCCACCAUCAGCUCUGUAGCCACCCUGUCUGAGGUCAGUGUGAUGUCAGAAACCAGCACCUGUGACGGAGAAGGACAGGCCAGUGCUUCUUUGCAGGUCGGGGACAAUGUCUCUGAGAUUGAUGGAAGUGAAUUAGAAGCAAGGCCAGGGAAUGAUGGCAAUGACAGCGACAGCUCAUCGUACAGCAGUGUGUCAACUCGGGGAACAUAUGCGACACUCUCUGCUGCUAUGGACAGACAUCAGGGGCCCUACACGGUGGAAGGACGGGAAAUUGCGCCAGAGGCCAUGGGUCAAUUCCCCUCCCUGCAGGAAGUCUUGCAGGCAGCCAGUGAUGAGCAGCACCUUCUGGAGGUAGAGCAAGAAGGCUCAGUUGAACCACGCAGCCGCAGAGACAGCUUUUCUAGCAGUGUCUCUUUGGAGAGUUCUGUGAUGGGACAUGAUGAAAUGCUCCAUGUGCUGAAAGAAAAAAUGAGACUAGAGGGCCAACUGGAAUCUUUGUCAUCUGAAGCUAACCAGGCUCUCAAGGAGAAGACGGAGUUGCAGGCCCAGCUUGCCACAGUGAAUGCUCAGUUGCAGGCUCAGAAGGCCGAGUCUCAGGUUAGCCAGGAGAAGCAGAGCGUUCUUAUGACAGAAGUGGGCACACUGCGGCAGAGCUGUAGCCAGCUAGAGAGGGCAAUGGUGGAGCUCCAGGGCAAUUUGGAGUGCAAAAAUGCCAGCUUGGCAUCUCUGACCAAUGACCUGAAGGUAGCUGAAGACCAGUACAACAGGCUGAUGGGGAAGGUGGAGGAAAUGCAAAAAACUCUCACAUCAAGGGAUAGUACAGUCCAGGAAAUGAGACUACAAAUGGGUGGUCUUCAGAACCAGCUUCAACAGGUCCAGCUGGAGCGCAGUACGCUUCAGAGCCGACUGAAAACCUCCCAGGCAGAGAUUGACUCACUCCAGCAGGUCAGGCAGUGGUACCAGCAGCAGCUAGCCCUGGCUCAGGAAGCACGGGUGCGACUGCAAAGUGAAAUGGCAAACAUGCAGGCAGGAAAAAUGACCCAGAUUGGUGUUCUUGAACAUCUGAAGCUGGAGAAUGUGACUCUGUCCCACCAACUCUCUGAGACCCAACACCGCUCUAUCAAGGAAAAAGAGCGUAUUGCUGUUCAGCUGCAGAGCAUUGAGGCAGACAUGAUGACCCAGGAAGCCGCUUACAAGCAGAUCCAGGAUGCUAAGAACAUGGUUGAAGAUGACCUCCAGCACAAACUAGAAGAAUUUGAGGAAGAACGAGAACGCUUAAUAAAACUGGCCAACACAGCGAGCAACUUGGAAAUGGAACUAGAGCAGAUGAAGUUGAACCUCUCUCAGAAGGACACGCAGCUGCAGUCCCUCCAGAGAGAACAUCUGGAACUGAUGCGCCAACUGACCACCACUCAGGAGAACUUGCAUACCAAAGAACAGUCAAUCAACCAGCUCGAGGCUCGGUACCUUGAGCUGGAAGCCCAGCUGGCUGAGCUGCAGGCAGAGAGCAAUAGCAAGGAUGACAACAUCCAGUACCUGCAGAACGAGAAGAUUGUUCUAGAGGUAGCAUUGCAAGCAGCCAGAGCCGACAAGAGCCAACUUGAUGAGAGUGCUGAACGACUAGGAGAGGACGUUCUGGUGGCCUCGGAUAUCUUAGAUCAGCUCAAACAAGAAGUUCAGGUCAAAGCCAAUCAGAUUGAAACGCUAAAACAAGAAAAUAGUUCCCUGAAGAAACAAGCUCAGAAACUGAAGGAACAGUUCCAACAACAAAAGGUGAUGGUGGAAGCCUACCGCCGGGAUGCCAGCUCCAAAGAACAAUUAAUCAGUGAGCUCAAGUCUACUAAAAAGCGUCUUUUGGCAGAAGUAAAGGACCUAAAACAAGCGGUACUGGAUGCCGAGGGGGAGAAACAGAAGGCUGAGUCGGAGCAGGCCCGGCUGCAGAAAGAAGUGCUCAGAGUCCAGGAGCAUAUGAAUAACAUGGAACUGCAUUUGCAAGACAUUCAGAGAGAACGAGACCAGCUUGAAACACAAAUCCAGUCUUUACAGUUUGAUCAGAGUCAGCUGAUGGCAGUGACAGAAGAGAAUGAUGGUCUGAGAAAACAAGUAGAGAAAAUGGAAGCAGAAGCCAAGAAAGCCAUCUCAGAACAGAAAGUGCGGAUGAAGCGGCUGGGGACAGAUUUGACCAGCGCUCAGAAGGAGAUGAAGGCCAAACACAAGGCCUAUGAGAAUGCUGUCGGAAUCCUAAGUAGGAGACUGCAAGAGGCCCUGACCGACAAGGAGACUGCAGAGACUGAGCUGGCGAAGCUCAAAGCCCAGGUGUCAGAUGGAGGAAACAACCAAGUCCUCCAGGAGAAGAUUGAAGCUCUUCAGACUGAGCUGCAGGCUGUGACUAAAAGCAAGACCAUGUUAGAGAAGGAGCUCCAGGAAGUCAUUACCCUUACUUCCACAGAGUUAGAAGACUAUCAGGAGAAGGUACUGGAGCUGGAAGACGAGCUUCAAGAGUCGCGAUGCUUCAAGAAGCGCAUCCGAAAACUAGAAGAUUCCAACAAGAAGCUAGCACUUGAGCUGGAACAUGAAAAAGGAAAAUUGGCUGGGUUGACACAGUCUCACGGUGCACUGCGGGAACAUGCCAAUAUCUUGGAAUCUGCUUUAGCUAAGCGAGAGGCUGAUCUUGUACAGCUGAACUUGCAGGUUCAAGCUGUUCUUAAGCGCAAAGAGGAGGAAGACCAACAAAUGAAACAGGUGGUGCAAACUCUACAGCUUGCUUUGGAAAAAGAGAAAACCAAAGUCAAAGAUCUUAAAGAACAGGUAGCAGCAGCAAAGGCUGAAGCAGCCCACAAUCGGAGACACUACAGAGCUGCCAUGUUGGAGCUAUCAGAGAUCAAGAAAGACCUGCAGACCAAAGAGGACUUAGUCAAAGCUCUGCAACAUGAAGCCCACAAUCUACAGUCUCAGGAUGAGAAGCAUGCUCAGGAGAUCUCCAGCUUUCAAGAAGAGCUGGCUGAGGCCCAUUCCCAGCUCCAGAUCCUUCAGAAACAACUAGACGACGAGCUGUCAAAACAGCCGCUCACUAAUCAAGAGGUUGAAGACCUGAAGUGGGAGGUAGAACAGAGGCAGAGGGAGAUUGAGGCUCAGAAGCAGCAGUUGGAGAUGAUAGGGCAAUGCCACCACAGAGAGCUUGACAACCUGCAGACAGCUUUGCAGAGCAUCAAGGUUGAGUUGGAGGCAGUCCAGGAGGAGCUGAGUGGCACACGGAAGGACAAGUUUAUGCUCCAAGCAAAAGUGGGUGAGCUAAGGAACAGCAUGAAGACGGUCUUGCUACAGAACCAGCAACUCAAGCAGGACUUCAAACAGAACCGUCUAAGGAAGCAACGAAUGGAGUUGAAAAGUGAAGGGAACCCCUCCAACCCAGUGACGCCGGUCAAGAUCCCCGACUGCCCGGUGCCUGCCUCACUGCUUGAUGAGUUGCUAAAACCUUCAACGUCGGUUAACAAGGAGCCCCUCAACAACUUGCACAAUUGUUUACGGCAGCUCAAGGAGGAGAUGGACAGCCUCCAAAAGCAGAUGGAAGAACACACAGUAACAGUGCAUGAGUCAAUGAGCUCAUGGCCAAAUACAGAGGAAGGACUGGCUCAACUGGGGCUUCAUAACAACAUCUCUGAUGCAUCACCAUCACUAAACAACGUGGUGGUGGCAAAUAAUAAUGAAGUGGAACAGCAGCAGUCAUGAGAACUUUUCUCAGGCUAUGAUGACAGUGGAGUUUCAUCCACCAAGCCAUUGUUAGCCCUUUAUUAUAUUUCUCUCUUGUUAACAAUUGCUGCCAACAUUUGGCAUUCUCAUUUAUUUUAGGGUAAAACUUUAUCUAUCAUAGCUUUAUUUUUCCUUCUAUUAUUUGACGGUUGUUUAUAUUUGUUUGUCCCCUUUUCAAAUGUAUUUAUUUAUUAAGUUAAGGAAUUACAACAACCAUCCCCAAGAGAAAACCUUGAUAAUUUGAUUUAAAGGGAUAGUUUGUUGGGGUUUUUUUUUUACAUUUGCACAGUUGUAUGACGUCCCCAUCAGCGAUGUAGUCCAUCAACUGUGAAUUAGCCCGCACUUGGUUCCGUGAGCCAAGUUCUGGUCGGAUUUUGGUGAUGAGAAGCCGUCUUCACCACAUACACAACAAUGGACAUGUGACAGCAUGCAGUUAUACAAUAGAAGAGAGAAAGUAACACGAUUGGGAGGCUGGAUUUUUUUUCGAGGAGGCAUUUUUGUGAUGCAAAUGUAUUACGCUUUUGAAUGCAUAUUGUUUUGAGAAGCCAAACUCUAUACUUAAGUAACCCCAGCAAGUAACCGGAACUACGUUUCCCAUCACCGAAAUCCGACCAGAGCUGGGCUCACGGGACCAAGUGCGGGUUAAGUCACUGCCAAUGGACUACACUGCUGAUGGGGAUGCCAUACAACUUCAUGUCAAAAAUCCGAACUAUUCCUUUAACUUACAGCAAUGGUCUGGUUAUCACUUUAAAUUAUUCUUCUAAUAAUUUGGAAUCAUUGACUGACAAUAUUUGAAAGAGAUGUGGUAAGUCAGCGUGAAUGGCUGGGAACACUUCUUCCAUUUCUUUGUGCCUGUACAUGGCUGAUGUCAUUCCUGUAGGGUUUAACUAACACAUCUAAGCAGCUGGUGAUGGAACAUUAUUGCACGUUUUCAUAUAACAAUGCACACUUCUUCACAUUUUCGUUGCCUUUUGUUAAAAUCCAGUGGGUCUUCAUGUUUAUUGUAACCAAACUCUAAAACUACUCUAAAAUUACUCGGUUAUCUUUGGCAUAUGUUAUCUAGGUUUUGUUUUGUUAUGUUUUGUUUUUCUAGCAUGGACUGCAGUAAUUUGCUGGUGGAUAAAGCCUUAAGCAUUUUUUUAACCAUACUGUAAUGGAAUCUGGUUGAAUGAGCAUACUAAUUUUGUGUAAUACGUAAAAUAUAUUGAGUGUGAAAAUAUGCAUGAGUGGGCAAUAUGAACUGACAGCUUGCCAGUUGAUCCACACAACUGAAAUAGCAAGUAACAUAAUGCAAAAUUGUUACUACUUACAAACAUACAUUUUCAUUUGUUACGUGUGGUACAAGGUGAUGACAAAUGACUACUCCUGUUAUCAAAUUCUAAACUUGUUUUAUACUUAAAUGAUGGCUGCUGGGAUAAGUUGAUUGUUUCCAGAUGUUAAUAUAUAUAUUUUUCUUGUAUCAGUGUAAAUGAAUCAUUGUUUAUUGGUGUAAAGAGGAAAAAAUGCAAGCUAUCUAAUACAAAUGUGUUAUUUCUGGCAAAGCUGUGUUACAGUUAAGCAAAAGAAUGGUCCCAUCUGACAGCGAGAGAGCUUUCUGUAGCUGCUAGUAAGGGAAUUUCAUCUAAAUGUUAAAACCCUUAACUGUACAGCGAUCAUCUAUUUCUAAAGGGAAUGGCUUAAAAUGUGUUCAACAAUAAUGCUCAUCUGGCUCUGAAACUGAAACUUUUCAUUGUCAUGUUACGUUUUCUUUUUUUCUAAUGAUUAAAAUGGACUGAUG